AGUGGAGGAAGGGAAGAAAAAAAAAAAAAAGCUCGAGCGAGAAUCAUCCCGGUGGGGACUGUCUGAAGAAGCGAGCUUGAGGGGAAAUGGCGGUCGAUAAAGAACUGCUGGAGUUGGACCUCUACGCGCUUCUGGGAGUGGUCGAGAAAGCGACGGAUAAGAGGUGCAUUCAUGGCCUUUGUGGAUUAGGAAAUUUGAGAAUUAAGAAAGCCUACAGACAGAAGGCCCUGACCUGUCAUCCAGAUAAACAUCCAGAUAAUCCCAAAGCAGCUGAACUCUUCCAUCAAUUGUCUCAAGCAUUAACAGUUCUAACAGAUGCAGCAGCAAGGGUAGCCUAUGAUAGAGUAAGGAAAGCCAAGAAACAAGCAGCAGAAAGGACCCAGAAACUUGAUGAAAGAAGAAAGAAAGUCAAACUUGAUCUUGAAGCUCGUGAAAAAGAAGCUUACUCCCAGGUUAGCAAGGAAGAAGAGAUUGAGAUAACUAGGACGUUAGAGCAAGAGAUCCAACGGUUACGUGAAGAGGGAUCUCGGCAACUGGAGGAACAACAAAAACUCAUGCAGGAACAAAUCCGGCUUGAGAAAGAGCGAAUACGAAGUAAACAAGAUGGGUAUGGAGGGAAUGGCACAGGAACACCCAAGCUCAAACUUCGAUGGAAGUGCAAGAAAGAAGAUGAAACUAAUGGAGGUUACUCAAAAGAAAUUCUACUGCAAAUUCUACAAAAGUAUGGUGAAGUUCUUAAUUUGCUGAUCUCUAACAAGAAGACUGGAAGUGCAGUUGUGGAAUUUGCAACAGUAAAAGCUGCUGAGAUGGCAGUGAAGAAUGAAGUUGGCCUAACAUACAAUCCUUUAAAAAUCACCUGGCUGGAAGGUCAACCACAGAGUAGCACAGUGUUUGCUGAUGGCAGUAUUCACCCACAUAUAUCCCAGGACUCAGUGGUUUCUGAGAGAGAUUAUGAAAGCCUUGUGAUGAUGCGUAUGCGGCAAGCUUCUGAGAGGCAGAAGCUAAUUGAAAAGAUGAAACAGGAAGAUGAAGAAGAGUCUUGUACAUAGUAGAAGGAGAAAUGGCAUUAUCAUGCAUUUUGGCUUAUAAUACCUAAACCAAUAAAAACUGUUGAAGGAAAAACUUCAAAACUACUGUAGAUUUCUUGGAAGAAUAACUGAUCACCCCAAUUAAGGGGAUAUAUAAAGUGAAAAUCUAUUUCAAGUUUUUCAGUGUUAAAUUACCCUAACAUCUGGAAUUUAUAUAGCAGCGGCAAAUCUGCCUUUUCAAAAUCCAUAUCCUUCCUUGUUCAUCACCAUGUUUCCCGACUCAUUGAACCAAUAUGACCUCUACAACACAUUUCCUAUGAUAGAAAACAUUUUCUACUCAUCGCAACUCAUGGCAAAUCUGACUUUAAAAGAUCAUUGUACUUCUCUAACUUAUUCUUUAUAAAUCCACAUAGAUAUAACAUACCUUUUUGUUUAAAAGAGUUCUAUAGUUACCUUAUUUUUAUCUUUGUAAUAAAUCUGUGAAAUUCAUUUGGUUGAAAGCUAGUUACAAGUUUACAAGCUCAAUUUCAUGGCUAAAUUAUGAUCUCAUCUAGGACUCUAAAUAAUACUGGUGGUCAUUCGUAGCCACCUACAUCACAAGGAAAUUGAACCACCUAUCACUAUUGACAAUGCAAUGUAAACAAAAAUAAAUUGUUACAAAGAGGGUUAAUUAUUUGGCACUUCUGGUUCAGCAAUAAAACUAUGUGAAACUACCACAGCUCCUUGAGUGAGGGAGAAAUGCUGCAUUAGAUCAGUGUAUUAGUCCCAUUACCUGCCAAUAUACAAGUUGUAUAUAUUAGUGUACCCUUCGGGAUACUCAUCAUUUCAGACUUUUGCUCCAGAUUGUCAAUUGGUAUGUUACAGGCUUUGAUGCCUGUAACUGCCUGGUAACAAACAGUUUGAGAUACGUUAGAUUGCUUUUACUAUUUUUUUAUUACUAUUUUAUGAGCUACUUAGGAAUGGUUUUCAGCAGACAUAGUGUAAAUAAUCCCAACAAUGAAAAAGCAAAUUGGUACAAUUAAAAACUAUACGGAACUAUUUAAAGAAUCUUUUCUACUAUUUUAAUACAUACCACGUAGUGAU